AUGCCAAAGGAUAACGAUUCUGCUGGAAAAAAUCUGCAAGAUCAUGCAGAUUCUUCAAAGGAUGAUGCUAAAGAUAGCGUCGAUGCUUCAAGGAAUGGCGCGCAAAGUAGCGUCACUGCUGGUUCAUCUGUUCAAUUGACAUUGCCAACUAGUGUGGAGAAGUUUCAGCCUCAAUCCGGAAAAUGGAAAAGAUGGGUAAAGCGUCUGGAGACGACGUUUGAGCUGUUUCAAGUUCAGGAUGAGGUGACAAGGACAAGAAUGUUAUUACACUACAUGGGGGCAGAGGCAUAUGACAAACUCAGCGACCGAGUGGCCCCAAAAGAACCCGAGGAUUUGAGGUACAAUGAGAUAGUUCAGGAGUUGACGGUGUGCUAUGACCCAGCACCGUUGGAGAUUGUGGAAAUUUACAAUUUUCACACUUCGAGGCAGGAAGAGAAUGAAACAAUUGAUGAGUUCUUGUCCAGGUUGAGGAAAUUGUCUGCUAAUUGUGGUUUUGCUUGCUCUGUCUGCGACAAUUUGAACAAGACCCUGAGGAAUCAAUUUGUCACAGGCCUGAAGAAUCAGACAAUGAGGAACAGGAUCAUGGAAAAGAGGAAUUUGACCCUGGAUUUGGCUAUUGAUAUUGCAAAGGCUAUGGAGGCAUCAGAAAAAGGUGGACAAAUCAUUACAAAGGGCAACAAUGAGUCUCAGGAGGUUCACAAAGUUGAGGAAAAGAUCAACACGCUACAGCAGCGGGAGAACAAUCAUCCAAAGGAGACUAAGCAGCCAUUAGACAAUCGAGCCACUGGAGCUGUGCCGAAGAAACCAUUGAAGUGCUUCCGAUGCGGAUACACAACUCAUCUGGCUGACCGAUGCGUACAUAUCAACACGAAAUGUAACUUGUGUUCUAAGAUUGGGCAUGUCCAGAGGGUUUGUCAGAGUAGGAAUGUCAAGGAUGGUAAGGAAGCUUUAAAUACAAUAGAAAAUAUCAUGUAUGUUGAAGAAGGUUUGAUUAGGAAAGUUUGUCUUGAUGUACAAGUGGAGAAGAAAUGGCUCACAUUUGAGGUUGACAGCGGAUCACCCAUUUCAGUGAUCAGCUUACUAGAUAGGGACAGAUUUUUCCCUGACCUGCAAAUUUUGCCUACCAAGAGAAAAUUUGCAGGGUACAAUAACGUAAAAAUUGAUAUAAUUGGAUUUGUUGAAGUAUCAGUGCAGGUCGAGGGUCGUUUGCUUCGAGGAGCGAAUCUUUACAUCGCAGAUGUUCCUUCUAAACAGCCGUUGAUGGGAAGGGAUUGGAUCAGUAAAUUUAAUUGGCUCGAUUGGAACAAAGUCAUAAAAGAAAAUUCAGAAGGCUGCAAAGAACAGAUCAAUGAAAUUUCGUGUGUUAAAAAUUACGUGAGUAGUUUGAAGACUGAGUUUAAAGAACUUUUCGCGGAGACAAUGGGAAAAAUUACGGAUUUCCAGGCUGAAUUAAAAUUGAAAGAGGGUGCACAACCCAAAUUCUUGAAGGCUAGGCCGGCACCUUUUGCUAAAAGAGAAGCAAUUGAGAGGGAGAUUGACGAAAAAGUUAAAGAAGGGGUUUGGGUAAAGGUAAAUCAGAGUCAAUGGGCGACUCCUGUGGUUGCUAUUCCGAAAACUUCCGGCCGUGUACGUUUGUGUGGGGAUUAUAGUGUUACUAUCAAUCCUGAGUUAAUUGUGGAUAAGCAUCCGUUGCCAACCACAGAAGAAUUAUUUGCUGACAUGGCUGGGGGGGAAAAAUUCUCGAAAUUAGAUUUAUCACAAGCGUAUCUUCAAAUGGAAGUGAGGCAAGAGGAUCGCGAACUUUUGACUUUGAAUACCCAUAAAGGUCUCUAUCAGCCAACAAGAAUGAUGUAUGGGGUAGCUUCAGCCGUGGCGAUUUGGCAAAGAAUGAUGGAAAACGAAUUAAGGGAUAUACCGGGAGUGAAGGUAUUUCUUGACGAUAUUCGAGUAACGGGGCCAAAUGAUGAAACUCACUAUCAAAGAUUGAGGGAAGUUUUGCGACGGUUUAAUGCCAGGAACAUGCGAAUUAAUUUCGAAAAGUGUGAGUUUUUCGCGAAUGAGAUUGAAUAUUGUGGGUAUGUCAUUGACAAAAAUGGGAUACACAAAGACAGGAAGAAGGUCGAUGCCUUGAUUAAGAUGCCAACUCCUAAGACUAAAGAUGAUCGCGCUGAUAUUCAAAGAAGUGAUUCUAUGGAAUCAUUAGCAUCAUCCGAUUCAUUCCAUGACGCGGUUAGUGAGGAAGGAAGUAUCUGCGGAGAAGGUGAGCUUCAUCUUGAUACAGCGGCGAAUUCCGGACCGGCUGAACCUGAAACAAAUGGCCUUAGACGAUCUAAAAGAGAGAUCAAACCACCGAUUCGCCUCAACCUUUAG